CUCCAGCUGAGAUGAAGUGCCUCCUAAUAGUAUUCGCCUGGCUAUCCAGCCUGUUCUUCUCCAGUGCCCUGGUGCACUUUAAGACUAUGGAAAAGGGCUCAAACGGCUGUAAAAUCAAUGGCAAGGAAGUGGCUGUGGGAGAGUAUUUGCAGGACGCGAAUACUUGUGGUGCAUAUACUUGCCAGAAUAAGGAUGGAGAUACUUUUAUCCACUACUGUCAGAUACCAGCUACCUUUGCGGAAUGUCCUGAAACUGCUGUUGUAACCACAAUUGAUUUUCCACAAUGCUGCUGGACCUGCGCCUCGUGGGGGAAAUGUGGAGGAGGCAGUUCUGCGGGUGGCGGUGGUUCCCUCCAGCAGGUGGUGCCCUCCAGCCGAUGGUGGUGCACCUCCAGCAGACGGUGGUGCUCCUCCAGCAGACGGUGGUGCACCUCCUGCAGAUGGUGCUGCUCCUCCAGCAGAUGGUGGUGCUCCUCCAGCAGGUGGUGGUGCACCUCCAGCAGACGGUGAUGCACCUCCAGCAGACGGUGAUGCACCUCCAGCAGACGGUGAUGCACCUCCAGCAGAAGAUGCUGCUCCUCCAGCAGAAGGCCGAUCAAAACACAAUAAGAACCCCUUCAAAUCCAAAAUCCAUCAAAUUUUCACGCCAUUGUUUAAGAAACCCCAAAAACCCCCAACAAUUGAACACAAAUUAUUGGAAAAUAUCAAAAUCAAAGAGAGUACUCCCAUUGCCAAUUAUCCCACUGUAAAGAUUGAAGGAGUACUCCCAUUACCAAACCCGUGGAAGAACCCAUGAUUAAAAGUCCCAGUGAGAAAGUGGCACAAAUCUCUUUGAAGCCUCCCACAGAGAACAAUCCCCAAUCCCAACCCCAAUCCCAACCCCAACCCCAACCCCAAC